GUGAUGCCCCUAAUAAACUCUUCCACCCCCAAGGUCUCUCCGUUGAUGAUAAUCAAACAGCGGUUAUUGCUGACUACGAAAAUCAUCGUAUCAUGCAAUGGAAGAACGGUGAUACAACGAUUGGACAAGUUGUUGCUGGUGGUAAACACAAAGGAACUGGAUUACAUCAAUUGGCUUUUCCAACUGAUGUAUUAAUUGAGAAAGAGACGGAUAGUCUCAUUAUUUGCGAUCGAGACAAUCGACGAGUUGUACGAUGGUCUCGUCAUAGUGACACAGCACAAG